AUGUGGUCCGAUGCAUCACUUAUAAAGCCGCAGGGUCAAGAUUCGAAAGUUCGUACAAUGAGCGAGAUGGGCGGUGGUGUCGCAGCUAACGCAGCGUUACCAUCUGCAAAGGAAAUACGAACACUGAAAGAAACCGUUCAGGAUUUGCAGAAACAGCUGCAAGAGAUGUCAUUCAAACAAGAACACUUAACGAGACAGGUUGACGGACAACGACAAAUGUCACACGCCAUCUCGCAACCAGCCAUUCAUUCUGAUUUGAUGUAUAUGCAAGAUGGCGCGUCAGCGUCACAAAAUCCAUAUGCUACAUUACCGCAUAAUAUUGCCAAAGAGGUCUUAUUACAACAACUCCAACAACCGCAACAGUCGCCACAUACCUAUCCACAGCCCUAUGCUCCACAACUCGAUCAUCAAUCCAAUAUUUAUCAGUCACCAAAUCAACAAAUUCCAUUCUGCAUCACUCAACAACAG